AUGGGUUUAUCCCAAUUUUCCUCUCAUCUAAUAGAAUAUUGUGGUGAUGGAUGUCAAGCAGGAUAUGGUGUCUGUGGUAAUGUCUCAAGAGAUGAUACAUGCGGUCCCGAUGCGGGUGUUAGAUGUGGCGGUACUUUUUGUUGUGGUCAAUCGGGUACUUGUGGUGAUACACCUGAAUUUUGUGAUCCAGAUCAAGGAUGCCAAGAAGGAUAUGGUUACUGCGGCCUUCCAGACGACAAUACUGAUGGUAGCCCAAAAGUUAUCUACACUUGUCACAAUUUGAAUACUAUAGCAUUAACUUUUGAUGAUGGUCCACGCUCUUGGACGAAUGACUUACUCGAUACGUUAGAUGAAAAUAAUAUAAAAGCUUCAUUCUUUAUCAAUGGUCACAACGAAGAUAAAUAUUGUAUCUAUGAUUACGCUGAAAUUUUACAACGUGCUUAUUCUUCAGGUCACCUAAUAGCCCAUCACACGUGGUCCCACCCGUACUUGACUGGUGUUAGUUCCGAUGAAUUAAACUAUCAAUUAGACUUCUUAAAUCAAGCGUUUAAGAAAAUUCUUGGCGUUACUCCACGUUAUUUCCGGUUUCCGUACGGUGAUGGUGUCGAUGAUGACUCAAUAAAAUCUACUAUUUUAGCAAAUGGAAUGGAUAAAAUAGUUAUGUGGGAUGUGGAUUCUCAGGAUUCUAUUGACGGUGUCACAGAAAAGCAGAGUGAAGAAUUUUUUGAUCAAGAUACUAAUGAUGGAAACUCUCAUAUCGUUUUAAAUCAUGAUAGAAUUCAAACCACUGUUAAUAAAUUGGCUCCUUAUGAAAUUUCUCAAUUAACUAACAAUGGUUUUAUCUUUGAUACGGUAGCUGGGUGUACUGGUGAUUCGGAUUCAAAUAAUUGGUAUAAUAUUGACACCGGUUCAUUUGGUACAAGAGACGAUACUUGGACAUGUAGUGAUGAUGAUAUGCAUGAUGCGGAUAACACUUCACCCCGGGAUCCCCAGGACUAA